AUGCCUCCCUCUGCAAGAACAAGAGCAAGCAUGCUUAAAACAGCUAAAAGGGCAAGAAGAACUAUUCUCAAGAAGCCAGUAGCUGUCAAGCCAAAGCAAAAGAUUCAGAAGAAGCCCCCUCCUCCUCCGAGCUCACCUUCCAAGUCCUCCUCCUUGAUCUCUGGUGGGUUUUCGAAGACCGAAAGCAUAGAGUUCGACUCUGCUGAUGCCUCUGCAACUUCUAGCCCUUGCUCCACACCUAAAGCUCAGAGAUUUCGAAUACCCCAGAUUGUGUCAUGUCCACCAGCACCCAAGAAGCAAAGAGUGAGUUCAAAUUGCUUGUUUCGGAGAUCUCCGAUCGCGUUCUUUGCUCCACCGGACCUGGAGCUCUUCUUCUACUACGCAAAUCGCGGUAUUUCAGUUUAA